AUGUCUCAUCCAAUGAGUAAGAAGCUUCUCAAAAGUCAUCUGAAAAUUAGUCACACAACAAACUACAGAUCAGAAUUUUCUCUUUGUAGCCAUGUUGAAUAUAUUGGAGAAGGUUUCCAUGAUUGUAAUAGGUGGGGGAUUUAUAAAAGGAAUGUAGGAAAUUAAUUCAUUGGACUCACAAAUUUCAUUGCCUGGAUGAGAAAUCAGAAGUUACGCAUGGUUGGCUUCAUUCUUACUAGUUUGGCCUUAGCCAGAAUCAAUACGAGAGAGGGUGUUGAGAAUACCGUAAUGAUGCUUGAGAAUAAGGGCACAAAGAACACUACUAGCAUGCAGUCACUUUAUCCUGUGAUUCCAGCCCUGUGGAUCUUUUCUUGUUCGUCCAUUGGUUCUCCUCAGGCUUACAUUACUGAGUCUAAGUAUCAGAUUAAAGUGAGUGAGGAUAUUUGGUUUGCUACCAGCCUCAGUGUCUUCAAUUUCCUCAAGCUGUCCAAUUUUUCCAAUUUCUUCUUUCUCUGACUGAAGGGGAGAGGAGCAUCAGUUUAUCCUUCAGUUUACUAUUUCAAUAUGAUUUGUGGGAACAGAAAACUGAAGCAAGCUUCUAUGAGUCUGAUAAGGCAAAUUAAACCCUGCUUCAAGAAAAUAUAA